AUGGGAUCCCCGGACCCCAACGGCCGACAGCUCAACGGCAUGGGCGCUGGAGUCUCGUCCCUGUCCAAGGUCUGUAUCGUUGCCAAGUCCGCCCGCGAAGGCGUCGACGUGGACUAUACCUUCGUGGGGAUAGGGAUCGAGGGUACCGAGACGGACGUGGCAGGGAACUGCGGGAAUAUGUCGGCGGCGGUGGGGCCGUAUGCAUUCGAUCAUCGACUAUUAGGAUUGGAGGAGAAUGUGUAUCUGGAGCGGAAAGGGGAGGUGGUGGUCAGAAUUUACAAUACGAAUACGGGGGUGGUGAUCAGGAGUACGUUCGAAGUAGAAGGGGGCGAAGCUAAGGCAGUGGGCGAUUUCAUGAUCGAUGGCGUAGGCGGAAGUGGAUCGAAGAUCAACCUAGAAUUCCUGCGACCUGGCGGCUCUAAAACCGGUAAACUGCUUCCCACUGGCAAAGCGACAGACACGAUUGAAGGCGUUCGCACCAGCUGUGUGGAUGCAGCGAAUCCAGGUAUAUUCGUCAAGGCGGAAGAUGUUGGAAUCGACCCAACGAUCCUGCCGCACGAGUUCAACCAGCUCACGGAGAAGCGGGCGCUACUGGAGCGGAUCCGAGGCAAGGGCGCCGAAAUGAUGGGGCUUUGUAAACCGGGUGAAGAGCCUCCUCGCGUAAUACCCAAGAUCGCGAUCGUUUCGCCUCCAGUCACGCAGACCACGCUGUCAGGGGAAACAGUGGAUGGCGCUUCAUUGGACCUGGUGGUCCGCUUCAUAUCGGAUUCCCAACCGCACAGGGCAAUCCCACUGACGGGAGCACUAUGCACCGCCGCCGCGGCUAAAAUCCCGGGGACGAUCGUGAAUGAAGUACUGCGAAGAGAGCAGCUCUCUACAGGCAUGAUAACGAUGGGCCAUCCGAGCGGUCGCAUUCAAGUCAGUGCAAGCCGGGGCACAAACGGAGAUAUCGAAUCGGCAUCAGUCUUCAGAACGGCACGAAGAGUCAUGGAGGGAACUGUAUUCUGGAAUGAAUGA